AUGGCACCGCAGCACAUCAUCUAUAACUUGCGCAACCAUUUCGAAAACAUUGUUGACAAUCACUAUCUCGAUCCCGGUCGCGCACCCAUCGUCCGGGAAAACAUCGACAUGCUAGCCCUAGCCGGACGAGAAUGCACGGUAUAUGGUGGAUCCGACGUGAUACCCCUCUGCAUGCUCUGGACCAUUGACGUCUGCAGCCGCGGCAUCGCCUUCACCGUGCCCAUACGGCGUUGCUCCUGGUUCAUGUCGACAUCCGGGCUGCCCCUGGUCUGGCGGAUGGCCAUCUUGGCCGUUACGAGCGCCAUGGUCAUCAUCCUCCUCAACGAGAUGUGGUCGCUGUGGGAUCCCUUUGGGCGGGGGGUGAACACAUUCUCCUGGACAUUGGGCAUCGCCUCGGAGAUUGACAACAUGAUCAACGAAUUCUACGAGAGCGAGAACAAGGUGCCCGUCCGCGAGCACAAGUUCAUGGACUCGGGCGAGUACCUCUCCUCCUCGAAUUCCUCCUCGUCAGGGGCGACGCGGACGACGACGACGGGGACCGGAACCGCGCCGAGCGAGGACACGGACGCGCAACAAAGGAGGCGGUGGUAA